AUGAGAAGGGCCGUUUCCAAAUUCAUCCCCGGCAAGCUCCAACGACCCCCUGGCCUGGACCACCCCCGUCCUACAAAAUCGACUCCUCCUCAACCUGCCCACAAGCUGUGGCUCCCCGGCGAGGAGAUCCUGGGCCAGGUCAUCCUCAUCUCCAAGAAGCAUCUCGCCAACAUCGCCAUCGAGUUCUGUUUGUCCGGCUACAUCAAAAUCAACGCCCUGCCCCACUCCAAACUCAAAACCGUCAAGCGUACCCUCUUCAACCACAACAUCCGCAUCUAUGGGCCCGACCCGGACAGACCCCGCCAGCCGGACGCCGACGAGUUCGUCAACGGCUUGUACAAGGGCGAGCACCGUUUCCCCUUUAUUGUCAAACUCCCGAAAAAGCGCAUAUUCACCAGUAUAGACUUUGGCAAGGGCGCCAUCGAGUACGUCCUCAAGACCUCCUUGCGUUCUGCCGACGACCCGGUCUCCUCCUCCGGUUCCCCAUCCGCCGAAUCUCCCGGAGCUGGCUCCAACGAUUUGUUCGCUCGCGCCCGCCAAUUCACCAAAAUGAACGGCGCCGCUUACUCCUCCGAAAAGAUCAUUUCGCUAGUAAACCCUAUAGAUGUGGCCGAACUACCGCCACCAAAGCCCAAGCGCCUCAUCAUCAACGAUCCAAGACGCAACAAGCGCCUCCUGAGGGUCGAGAGCUCAACCUCCACCAUCAACACCUUCAGCACCCUCUCCUCCAACAACCUGGACACAGAGCUGAAUCUCAACAUGACCCUCACGAACUCGGCCAACCCGGCCCACUCCCUGACGCCUGGCGCUCUGGGCAACACUCCCACUUCUUUGCAUAACACCCACAUAAGCCCGGGGAAUUCCGCUCCUUCAAGUUUCUCCCCUUCGCUGAAUGCUGACCACACUCGUCCAAACAACAACAUCAGAGUGUCCAUGGAGUUGCCGCAAAGCGGUUUCCUCCGUGGUGAGCUUAUACCGAUCAAGCUCAACAUUCACCACCUUAAGAAGAUCCAGGAUACCAAAGGCAUAAUUGUCACCUUGGUGCGGGUAUGUCGCCUUGAUUACGGGCCUGAUGGUCUCUACGAGUCGUUUCGUAAAGACUUGCUGCAGCUGAUCAUCCCAUUGUUCGUGGACCCGGCCACUUUCCAGCUGGAAAUCAACACCAGUUUGAGAGUGCCCCCUGACGCCUUUCCCACCAUCUCAGGCUGUCCAAUGGUCAGCUUCCAGUAUUUCAUCGAAGUAAUGCUCAACCUUUCUGGAAAGUCGUUGAGCGUUGAUGGCCCCAGCGAACACCCCAAAUCAAACCUAGCGCCUUCGGAUGACAUGUUGUCGGCGGGUACCGGCAUCUCACCUAGCAAUCAAGGCAACUACACCUACCACGCAUACCAAAACCGCUCAGAGUUCAUCAACACAGACAAGUUCAAGCGUCUGAAGAAGUUCCUUCAGAUCACCUCCGAGGUCGUUAUUGGUACCCAUAGACUGGAUAGGCUGCCGCUUGCCGCUUCCCCAGAUGGACAGCAUGGCGUUGCCAAUGGUACCAAUCGUUCCUCUGCAACGUCAUCUUCGAAUUCGGCAAGCCCGUCUACUCAGGCUCACGCCCAUAUUCAAGCUCCAUUGCUGCAAGCUCACGCUCCCGGCAAUUUCACUCACCAAAGAACUGGCAUAGCCAAUAUGAUUGGCGCUAUUCCAGAGACACUGCCAAUGCACAACUUCACUCCUCCAUACCGCAGAGAGUCACUGGGUGCUACUCCUCUGCAUCCGUCGCCAUUGGCUUCUGCUCCCACGUAUGAAGACAUCAUUGCCGAUGUUGCCAUGCCACAGGAGCCUAAUCUCACUGAGAAGGAGCGUAUGAAACUCCACGAACAGAGUCUCUUACCUUCUGAACCUCAGUUUGAUGCAUCUUCCGACGCAGAAGACAGAGAGACUGUGAGUCCAAUGGACCCUAGUCACGACAUUUUGGAGGAGAUGGUUCAAGGAAGCAACGCACUGAGCUCCAAUUCUGGUCUUCACCAGUACAGGCCCAACUCUUUUGCUCCGCUCCACUCUGGUAGUAGUCCCCAUGAAUCCCAGGGUCACAAUUCUCAUGACCCAAUGAGCAUGUUGCCAGGCACCUUUGACCACGAGUCUCAGUUGUGGGACCAAAACGACUUGUACGAGUCACAUGGACAGAGAGAGAAUCACGACGGAAUUGGCCCUGAGGGCCCUCUAGAUUUUGUGCCAAACUACGACACGGCUGCCAACGACCGGUUGGUUGUGCAACAGUCCGAACAGGAACAAGGACAUUAG